AUGACUGCUGAAGUUUCACACGGCCGCGGCGGCGCCGGCAACAUUAACCCAGACGACACCCACUACGUCGACGGCGAGGUCGUCCGCGCAGGCGUCAUUGGCAGCCACGGCGACGGAGCCUACAGCGCCGGUCGCGGCGGCGCCGGCAACAUUGGCGACAAGGGCCAUCCGCCGACAGACCGCAAGGAUCGUGACAUCAUCCCCGAGGCGGCGGUCCGGCAGAGCACCGACACCGGCGACUACCACACGGGCCGGGGCGGCGCGGGCAACGAGCACACGAGCGCCGCGCACCAGCACCACGGGAACGGGCACAAGGACCCGGAGGGCGCUGCCGCUGCCGCCCCCCCGGGCAAGGAGCAGCUGCCGCCGCCGCCGGUGGGCUUGGCGGAUAAGCUCAAGGGGAAGCUGUUUGGCGCGUUCAAGUAA